AUGGAACGUGGUGCAUUUGACGGAGUGCCAAAUUUGACUUAUUUGAAUCUUGAAGGGAAUUACAUUUCCCUUUCUAAUUUAUUCUCUUUCGGCAGCAUUGCGAACCUCAAAGCCUUGAUUCUCAGUAAUCAGAGAGAAAAUUAUUACGAUCCAGUAGUUCCAAUAAACUUUAUAUAUCCAGAGCUUCGAUACUUGAAUUUAAGGAGCAAUGAGAUCACCAGCAUAACGAACUACGAUAAGAAUACUUUUCCGAAGUUAAAACAUCUGGAUAUUUCAUACAACAGAUUCUCUUCGUUCACGUUCACAGGAACAUGGGCGAACACACUUAAGUAUUUACAACUUGAUAAUAAUGAAAUUUCCGACAUCUCCCUCAGUACAUUGAAGAAUCUAGAGACGCUGACGAUGGAUAAUAACAAGAUUCGAAGUAUAGAAUACGGUUUUUAUGAGGGGAGUCUUGACCUUACGGGUCUGAAUAAUCUGAAACACCUUUCUAUAGCAAACAAUAGGAUUACAUGGAUUGACAAACUAGCAUUUAAUGAUAUGGUUAAACUUCGAUAUUUGGACCUCUCUUAUAACCAAUUGUCACCAACUGACUUGGACUCUGAAACAUUUGCGCUCUUGACCUCUUUAGAAGUCCUUGUAUUGAAUGGCAAUAAACUUGAAACAAUUCCGUUCUCGACACCGUUGAAUAUAACAGCUCUUUGGUUGAAUUGCAACAACUUUGCGAAUUUAACGGCAAGCUCAUUCUCCAAUGUGUCAUAUUUAAGAACGCUUUCAUUAGCUGGAAAUAAAAUUUCAAUUAUCGACACGGAUGUAUUUUACCCUCUACGAAUGUUAAAGAAACUGUACCUGAACGAUAAUGAUUUAAGUUAUUUGUCUCCUUUGUGGAGUAAAUCCCUGCAAGAUCUUCGAUACUUGGACUUAUCCAGAAACAAGUUUACAUCUUUGGAUUACGUGUUUAGUUCUAAUUUCGUUCCUUUACAAGAGCUUUAUUUGGAUGGCAAUCCUCUUGAAAACAUUACGAAGGACUCGCUGGCAAUGCUACCAGAAAAUCUGACGAUUUAUUUGAAUUUCGGCGUGAAUAGGCCAACCGAUGUCUGCACACGUUCGAACCAUCAUGAUUGGUCAUUUAAAUACGAUUAA